CUGCUGAAAAAAUGCUGCGUAAUUUAUUAAUGAAGUUAGAAGAUCCUAAGCGCGAACUAUUGGGCCCUAACGUGAAAGCCUUAGAAUUUUGGGGAAUAUUACUUCCAGAAAACAAACCAAGAAGAUACAUGUACAUUUUCCUGCACGCCUUAGUGUUUUUAUUCACAUUUACCGAAUACGUGGACAUAUUUUUCAUCUUAAACUCCGACUUGAUACUGGUGUUGACGAAUGUGAAAAUCACUUUGCUGGCCACGAUCAGUUGCUGUAAAAUCUCGACGUUUUUGUUUUGGCAAAAGCGAUGGAAGGACAUAAUUGAUUACGUGACGAGGGCGGAUUCCUCGGCCAGGGCGGCGGCGGCGGCGGCGGCGGGCCGCGGCGACGCAAACAUCAUCCGCUCUUACACCCGGUACAGUCGGAAAAUUACCUACCUAUUCUGGUCUCUGAUGGCCACUACCAAUCUGUUCGUGAUAGUACAGCCGAUCCUCAAAUUCUUCUGCUCUUCCGAGUACAGAGAGAAUGUCAGGAAAGGCGAGGAGCCUCUCGCACAAGUUGUUAGCUCUUGGGUACCGUUUGUCAAAACUACUACACCAGGUUUUCUUGGAGCAUCGGCGUAUCAGAUUUUCGCAGCAAUCUACGGUGGCGGCUGGAUCACUUCGUAUGAUACUAAUGCCAUGGUCAUUAUGGUCUUCUUUAGAGGUCAACUCGAACUGCUCAGAAGAAAUUGCGUUAUACUCUAUGAUACUGUCAGCGAUGACGAAGUAAGGAGGAGGAUCAUAGCGUGUCAUACAACACAUAAGGAGCUAGUCAAGUUUGCGGCUCUCUACAAUUCGUGCCUAUCUCCCGUUAUGUUUCUAUACAUGGUGAUUUGCUCCUUCAUGCUAUGUGCAAGCGUUUAUCAGACUUUGAUGGAGACGAAUCCUUUGAACAGAUUUUUAAUUGCAGAAUUUCUUAUUUUCGGCGUUUCACAGUUGUUUUUGUAUUGCUGGCACGGAAAUGAUGUUACCUUUAUGAGUAAUCAAGUCCAAAGCGGAGUGUUUGAAAGCGGGUGGUACAAGAGGAAUAUUUAUCGGCGGGAGUUGGUCCUGCUGGGAUAUCAACUCGACAAAACGAUACGGUUUACAGCCGGCCCAUUCGUGUCGCUUAACAUAUCGUCCUUUACUAGCAUCUUAAAAGGGGCAUACAGUUAUUACACUUUACUCAAAUAAGAAUAAAGUAUGGCCUCUUGACAACGACAUUUUUUUUAAAGUAGUUCAAGAGACAUUGUAUUCAGAGUAGGUAAAAAUAAGUAAAAUUCAUCAUAGAACGUAAUAAACCAAAUAAGACCUAAGUCCUAAGUAACCUAUUAGUUCAACAAAUAAAAAACUCACUCGCCA